AUGACUAUUACGAUCUCUCAGCAUGAAUUCUAUGGUGAUGGAGAUUCCGAAGCUUCCAUUUCUGUAUCUGCUAUUGAGAAUAUGAAGGAAGAGUACGGUCUGUUUGUUUGGCCUUGUAGUGUUAUCCUCGCUGAGUAUGUUUGGCAACAGAGAUCGAGAUUUCGUGGGUCCACGAUUCUCGAGUUAGGAGCUGGCACUUCAUUGCCUGGUUUAGUAGCUGCAAAAGUUGGGGCUAAUGUAACCCUUACCGAUGACUCGAGUAAAGCCGAGGUUUUGGAGAAUAUGAGAAGAGUGUGUGAGCUUAACAAGCUAAACUGUAAUGUAAUGGGUCUUACUUGGGGAGUGUGGGAUGCACCAAUAUUUGAACUGCGGCCUAACAUUAUACUUGGGGCUGAUGUUUUAUAUGAUUCAAGUGCGUUCGAUGAUCUCUUUGCCACCGUCUCGUUUCUGCUUAAAAGUUCUCCGGAUGCAGUAUUUAUCACUACAUAUCAUAACAGGAGUGGGCAUCAUCUUAUCGAGUUCUUGAUGGUGAAAUGGUCUCUAAAGUGCGUUAAACUUCUGGAUGGCUUCUCGUUCUUACCAUCUCGCAAGGCAUCUAUACUUAGCGGCAACAUUCAGUUGGUUGAGAUCGUACUGAGUUCUGAAAGUUAG